AUGCCACCAAGGAAAGAUGCCUGCUUGGGCAAUGCUGUGGCGCAGCAGGACCAACACACCACAUGUGCCCCUGCUGAGCUGAACGUGCAGCCGCUGAAAGCACAAGCGCCACUGAAAGGAUCUUGCAUUCCUUGCUGGCUUUUCUUCGCGCUCGGCUGGUUCUUCACCCUUCUGUUCAUAAACGAGGCCUCGAACUGCAGAGAGCGGCUUCGAGCCGAGGGGUCGAUACGCAGUGCGGCGCUUCUGCCAAAAUCGAGCCUUCGGCGAGACUUUUAUUGCCAGUAUUCGAAAGCCUUGUGCAACGUCGUGAUGACAGGCUUUUUGCACAGGCUUCUCCCAAACUUUACUGUACCAGUGAUGACCCAGGGCACCGACAUCUUCUCCUUCGACGAUCCAGCCGUGGAGACCGAUCUCAAGGUCCAGCAGUACUUCGGCUUUCAGGCCGCCUUAGACGAGACACCCGGCUGCGGUGAUCAAGCUCACGCGGAAAAGGCCGUUUGUGAGGCCGACGAGUUGUGCGAAUGGGUUCAGCGUGGGCCGAGUGCGUCGUGUCGAGACAUCGAGUGCCCGGGGCCCACACCCAAGAGGCGCCAGAACCCUUUGUACCUUGACUUCCUGCCCGCUUUCAUCAGUGUUCUGUAUGAGGCGGUGGAAGAGAACGGAAACAUCUUAGAUGACGACAUAAUGAGGAUCAUCUUUGAUUACGAGCAGGAGCUCUUCACAGACGUCGGAGGUGCUGAAUUGAACUACGAAGAUGAGAUCAGGCCAUCUCCAUGGACCGAGGACUGGUGCUUGAUGAGCCAUCCAUCACACGGUUACGGCGAGCCGAAGUGUGCGUCUGGCGUUGGCUUCGGUCACAUGUUCACCCUCAAUGAUGCUGGCCGCGAGACAAUCAAGAACCAGGCGCUUGCGGGCCACAAUUACCUCGGGCUCGCCGGAAUGAUGGCAUGCAUCUGCCAAAACGAAGAGACCUGCCUCGUUUGCAACGCGGACGGAUCCAUGAAGGGUGCUCCCCCAGGCCGGAGACCAGUGGCUGGCGGUGAAUUGCAAGUCAUCGGUGGGAACGAGGGCUUUCAGGGGCAUCCCCUCUCCCUGGUCUGCUCUUGGAGAGGAAGGACAGCCGAGUCCCUUCAGGACAAGUGGCCACCGGGUGCCAUCUUGGAAAAGAUGUGCGACCCAUCGCUUCCGCUGUGGUGGAAUGCCAAGCACACCGACUGCACAUGGUUCGAGGUUGCCUGGUUUGUGAUACAGGACGAGGGCAAGAAGUUCCAGACCGGCUACGUCGAGGGUCGAAACGGGUGGUGUGGCGCAAAGUACGAGCGCGAGCAUGGAAGCAAGCUCCGCAUCAUGCUCUUCUCAGGUGCAACCCUGGUGGCCCAGUAUCUUGGAAUCCUGCUGGUGGAUGGCUUCCUGUCCUUGGGCUCAUUGGUGUUCCGCGGCUGCAGCGUGUCAGUCUGGGCGUACAUGUGGCUGAUGCUGGAGAGCGUUUUCCUGGCAUCCUGUGGCAUGUUCGAGAUCAUUUUCUCCCUUCCAGUGGGAAUGUGCCUUUGGGUGCUGGCCGCUUGGCCCCGUGCUGCCAGCUUUCGUCUCCUUUUUGCCGAUCUCAGGAGGUUGGUGAUUUACAUGAUCCUGGGUAUCGGCGCUGACGAUGUCUUCAUUCUGUACGAUGCCUGGCUCCAGUCAGCACACGCCGACGGUGUGAGCCACAGCCGAACCACUCGCUUCUGCUGGGCCUAUCGCCGCUCCGUUGGUGCAAUGCUGGUCACCACGCUCACGACCUGUGGAUCUUUCUUCAUCGGCGCGACCUCGCCGCUGCCUUUGGUGCAGAGUUUCUGCAUUUUCGCCGCAGUCGUCGUCCUGGUAGACUACCUCUUCUGUAUCAGCUUCUUCGCCUCGGCGGUCUUGGUCUACGAGGAUUGGAUGAAGGGUGUCGGCUACUGCUGCAGCUGCUGCGGUAUCCCUCUCCGGGAGCCAGGAACAUGCCUCGGCCCGGGCUGCUGCUUUGGUGGUCUGCGUGCCUGCUUGUCCUGCUGCGGCAGAAGCUGGAGAAUGGUGCCGAAGCCGCCCAAGGCAGACGAACCUCCAGAGCAGCGUGCGAUGGAAAAGUUCUUCGCAGGGCCCGCCUUCCGUGCCUGGGCUGCGCUUGUCAGCGGCUUCUACGACAAUCACAAGAUCAAGCUGAUCCUGUUUUGGUUGGUGGUGGUCAUCGGCAUGGCGACGAGCGCCGGCGUCCAGCUCCGCACCGCCAAGAAGCGUGCCCCGAUUGGGCGAGAGAACAUCGACGUCAUCAAGGGAUCCGACAUCCUGUUCUCGGAGCCUCUCGGCCUGUGGUUCGAGUUCUCCACUCGCCCUGUUACUGCCUCUAUUGUGUUUGGCCUCAACGAAGAGUCCCCUGUGACGUGGGCGCGGGAAAUCGAGGGCUCCACGACGAAUGCGCCGAACUUCGGAGGAAGCUCUGCCAGCGACCUCGCAAAGCCGGCAUUUCAACUCGAGCUGCUGGCUCUCUGCACUGCCGUCGACAUUGGCCAGGAUGCAGCAGACACACGAUGCGGAAACAGGGCCUGCUUGGCAAAGGGCUCACCCCUGGCGGGCAACUGUGCGGCCGACCAGACCGCCUGGCAAACGGCAGGGAUCUACCUGCGGGAAGAUGAAAGCUGCGUUACCUCGCGAUAUUGCUUCAUGGAGGACGUGCGCUACUUCUGGGCAUCGAAGCAAGGCAAUUGCCAGGGUCUGAACCAGACGUCGUGCUCUGCCGCAGCAGGCUGCGCGUACUCGACCACCACAGUUCCACCAGGUUGCAACCUGGCCCGCACUGGCCGGGCUGGCUACCCAGGGCUGUCCGAGACUGAGUUCAUCCAGCUGCUCUCUGAUCCGUCUUCGACUGAUCCGACGAUGACCGGGUGGGAGGCGUACCUGGAAUUGAAGUCGAACUACCUGAGGAGUGUGAACCGCCGGUACGAAGCUGACUUCGCAGCCCAAUACACCGGCGUCCGGCUCAACUCCGCAAAGACAGCCAUCCAGUUCGCUUGGAUCAGCUUCAAUGCGACCUUCCCGCGUGAGAACACGGUGGAUGAGGCGAACGAAUGGUACAACCGAUGGCAGACCUUCAAGGGGAAUGGUUGUGUGCCGCACCGCACGGGUGCCUUUGCUGUGAAUUGUGUUAUGCUCUUCGUCCACCUGCCUGUGGGACUUCCCUUGGGUGUGUCCUUCUCUCAGCUCCGCCAGCAAUUUAAAGGACCUCUGGGCACCAAAUCUGGGCGGCUUCCAGACACCCUGCUGCAGCAACGUCUGCCGGUGCCAGAACGGGCAACAUCGCUUCAUGAUAUGUUCCUGGUGACCCAGAACGAGAUGGUGAAAGCCGCCACCAUGGGCAUUGGCUUGAUGGAACACGUCUACCAGGCUGACAACUUGGAACUGGUGGACCUCCACUUUGGGGCUUAUAUGCACCUGGGUAUCAUCUGUAUCACCGCCACCUUCCUGGGUGUUGUCCCACUGCUUGGCUGGAGUUUGGGCGAGAACGAGUGCAUUUUUAUGAUCGCAACGGUCGGCUUGUCUGUGGAUUAUACAGCCGCUGGGCUGAUGCAGGGAAACUUCCCUGGCCGCUUGUGA